AUGGCUACGCGAUUUGUUCUAACAGUCGCAGUUUUUCAGCUCACGAUAUGGGAUUGUUGCGCCGUGAAUGGGAUAAUCUGGCGCAAGCGACAGCAGGAAUUCGUGCAGUUGUUCAGCAUCCCGGAAUUCGCCGCUCUUCAAAGGGAGAAUCUGGCUAAACACCGGGCAAUAGAGAUGCAGAACAUGAGGGGAGAAGUGGUGAAAGCUGUGUAUUACGAGGUGCCAACACGUGGUCUUGAAGAGAUCAACGAAAAGAAUAUGGUAAUGUUUCACGACAAUGAUACAAAACUCGACGGUAUUAUCGGCGACCUGUGGCAUCUUCUCGAGGAUUAUCUCAAUUUUACAUUCAUCCCGAUAAAAACCACCGACCGAAAUUUUGGCGAGAGGCUGGAAAACGGUAGUCAAAAUGGUCUGAUCGGUAUGCUCGCGAGAAACGAAGCGCAGGUAGUUAUGAGAAGUGCAUUUUAUCCAGCUUACCUAGACGUCGUGGACUAUACAACACCUCUCUGGGAAAGCAAGUUUCAUAUUUAUGUUCGACCAGAAUGGCUGUCCGAUAAUACAUGGAUAUUUACACUCUUUUCGUGGCAAAUGUGGUUGUAUAUACUGUCUUUGUUCGCCAUCUUAAGCUGCGUCGGCUAUUAUCUGCAGAAAGUACCGAUGGACAAGCCCAAACACAAAAGAGAAGACUUCAGAAAUUUCAGUCUAGGCGAUCAUGUUUUCUAUUCGUUCACCAUAAUGAGCGCGCGAGGCCACAUACCUGACGCUUAUUACAACAAAUUCAAGAUCUUGUCGAUAUCGAAGAGUAUUUUCGCAUGGCUAAUACUGUUAGCCUUUAGUUCUCAUCUUAUAUACAUCAUGACAAAUAAAAAAAUGGAGUUGCCGUUUAAGGAUAUAGAAUCUCUUAUUAACAAUACGAAAUAUGUCUUAUUAGCGGACCGUGGCACCUUUCUCUACAAUUAUCUUAAACAAAAAUAUGGAGCCAGGAUCGGCAAUCAUCCGUUUGCGCGUGUGCGUUUCAUAGAGAUCGCGGAGGAUAUGCACAAUGAGAUUUGCAACAACAUGAAGAAAUACGCGAUGUUUGAGAUCGAGGACCAAUUUAUGGCGAUGAACAGAAACGGCUGCCCGCUUCGAGCCACGGGCAAUUACAAUCACACCUGGAUAACGUUCGCACUCCAAAAGAACUAUCGCUAUAAGAAGACCAUUAAUUCCGCACUCAUCAAAUUCAAAGAAGUCGGAUUACUGGAUGGUCUUGAGGACCGUUGGUUUAAUAUCAGAUUGGAUCAUAUGGAACGGGAAAUAUUCAAAAUGGUCGAUUUCCACCAAGUCAAUCUGAUCUUUCUAAUACUGAGCUACGGGGUGCUGAUAUCACUUGUGAUACUCGUUCUGGAAAAUAUAACGUAUUAUUACAAUAUGAAGAUUGCACGCAGAUAA